GCAUGCGUACUAGCUGGUUUAAUAACUUUGAAUCUCUUACUAACUGGAAGUUAACCAAUCAAUACUAGGGUCUUACUAUUCAGAGCAAUGGUUGACUUUUCCUUUCCAGAAUUCUUUGAAGACUUAUUUUCUACAUCUUCAGAUGAAUAUUUUACCGCUGACGAAAAAUGCUUUCUUCUUUCAUAUAGAGAUAAAGCUAAUAACAUGAGAGAUACUACUUUUGGUGUCAUAUUGCAUCAUAUGUUUUUUAAUGUUAUAUAUAAUAAAGUCGAUACCAUUGAUAUUGUCCUAAAAAUGAUCAAGGAACUUAAAUUGGAUCUUUGGACUAUGUUCCAGAAUAAAGUUCCAUGGGGAGGCGACUUUUCUAGUGGUAGUCUCCGAAGUAAUCACGAAGCAUUCAUCAGAAUAACAGAAGCAGGAGCCUCUAACAGAACAACAAUAGAACACCACUAUAAUUGGGUCAACUUUAAAUUGAUUUUUGAUAAUAAAAAAGACUACGAGACGUGGGUGAAAAGUUUGUAUGAUAUGUCUAAAAAUCCUCUCAACUUCCGUGCAAUUCAGGUUCUGGAUCUUUAUACUCGUAUGUAUGUCCGUAAAACUGAAUUUUAUGAAACGGCCGUGCGAGUACUCUGGAGCUCUAUCCCAGAUGCCCUUCUGACCAAGACCGAUAUUUUUAGGCUUUUUGAGGGGAUCAAUCCUAGAUACUAUCAGAAGAUAAAUGACAUAUGGCAAUGGUACUGCAAUCUAGUAAAUUAUGAGGAAACUUCUGAUAAGCGUCCAAGAUCUCUGAAGCACCUUUCAAGAUACUUCAUCAGAAGCAGAUUAAAAGGCAACUUUAAGUUGCCCGAAGGAGUAGAAGAACUGGGCGUUCCCGAACAAGUCCAGAAGUAUUUACUUCUGAAAGAUUUCUACAAGAUAUAUUGAAUACUUUAACUUGGAAUCAUUUUUUCAAAGUAUUUUAUAAAAGAUAUGAAGGACUAAUCUCGAAAGGAUUUGAAUGUUUGAAUUAUUAUUUCCAUGUGUUAUUGUUUCCUAUAUACACAGUCUUCUUUGUGCUAUGAGUUUCACUGUUGUACGUGAAAUAUUUUUUCAUCAUGUUAAUAAACAGUGUGCGAUUGGU